AUGGGAGCGGCCAUGGCGGAGGAGAGGAGGGCGCACGCGAUGAUGUUCCCGUUCCCGUGCUCGGGCCACAUCAACCCGACGCUGAAGCUGGCGGAGCUGCUGCACUCGCGCGGGGUGCACGUCACCUUCGUCAACACCGAGCACAACCACGAGCGCCUGCUGCGGACGGGCGGCGCGCGGCUCGCCGGCCGGGACGGAUUCCGGUUCGAGUCCGUGCCCGACGGGCUGGACGACGCCGACCGCGCCUCGCCAGACAAGACGGUGAGGCUCUACCUGUCGCUGCGGAGGAGCUGCGGCCCGCCGCUGGUGGACCUGGCGCGCCGACUCGGGGAGCAAGAGGGCGUGCCGCCCGUCACCUGCGUCGUGCUCAGCGGCCUCGCCAGCUUCGUGCUCGGCGUCGCGGAGGAGCUCGGCGUGCCGUCCUUCGUCAUCUGGGGCACCAGCGCCGUCGGCUUCGUCUGCACGCUCCGGCUGCGCCAGCUCACACAGAGAGGCUACACGCCGCUCAAAGAUGAGAGCUACUUGACCAACGGGUACCUGGACACGCCGAUCGACUGGAUCGCCGGGAUGCCGACGGUGCGGCUCGGCGACAUCUCCAGCUUCGUCCGGACGGUGGAGCCAAACGGGUUCGGCCUGCGCGUGGAGGAGGAGGAGGCCAACAGCUGCGCCAGGGCGCAGGGCCUCAUCCUCAACACGUUCGACGAGCUCGAGCCAGACGUCCUGGGCGCGCUCCGGGACGAGUUCCCGCGCGUGUACACCAUCGGGCCGCUCGCUGCCGCCAUGCACCGCCGCGUCGACCACGGCGCGUCCGGGCUGAGCCUGUGGGAGGAGGACGCGGCGUGCAUGGCGUGGCUGGACGCGCAACCGGCGGCGGGGUCGGUGCUGUACGUCAGCUUCGGGAGCCUGGCGGUGCUGUCGCUGGACCAGCUGGCGGAGUUCGCGUGGGGCCUCGCCGCCAGCAACCGCCCGUUCCUCUGGGUCGUGCGCCCCGGGCUUGUCGCCGGCGACCGCGGCAUGGAGGCCCUGCCGGCCGACUUCCUCGCGGAGACCAAGGGCCGGCGCUUCAUCGCCGAGUGGUGCGCGCAGGAGCAGGUGCUGCGGCACCGCGCCGUGGGGGGCUUCCUGACGCACAGCGGGUGGAACUCGACGACGGAGAGCAUCUGGGCGGGUGUGCCGAUGAUCUGCGCGCCGGGGUUCGCGGACCAGUACAUCAACAGCCGAUACGUGUGCGGGGAGUGGGGCGUCGGGCUGCGCCUGGACGAGCAGCUGCGGCGAGAGCAGGUCGUGGCGCACAUCGAGGAGCUCAUGGGCGGAGGGGAGAAGGGCGAGGAGAUGAGGCGCCGCGCCGCUGAGUGGAAGGCUCGUGCCGAGGCGGCGACGGCGCCCGGGGGGUCGGCGUACGAGAACCUCGACAAGCUGGUCGAGGAGCUGCGGCUGGAGGUGCCGGACGGCGGCGCCAAGCUUGCCAAAGUCACGCACGCCCGGUGA